AUGGCCGCCGCAAGAGGAACCGCAAAGGUGCUCCAGAAGCUCGAAAAGUCUGUCGGCGAUGGAAACUACUACGAGGCUCAUCAGAUGUACCGCACCGUCGCCAAUCGUUAUGUGAAGGCACACAACUACAAGGAUGCGAUCGAUCUCUUGCGCUCGGGAUCAAUGCUUCUUCUCAAACACAAACAGGCCGGCUCAGGAACCGAUCUGGCAUUAUACCUCGUCGAAGUCUACAACCUCGACAAAGUUCCCGUCACCGAAGAGUCUCGAGACCGCAUUUUUGAUCUCGCUGACUUGAUGGACGCCGAGAACAGUCAGAGAAAGACCUUCCUCCAGAACGCCAUCAGCUGGUCGGCAAAUAAUAGCGAGUACAAGAACGGCGACCCUCUUCUUCAGCACUACAUAGGGUUACUCUUCUGGAAGGAGAAGGACUUCAACCAGGCAGAGGCACAUUUAUUGGUUGGAACUCAAGAGAGUGCCGAGGCUUUGGGAUUGACCCUCUUCGAGUGGUCAGAGUUGGAACCCAGCCACGACAAGGGCGCCUACUUGUUGCGUGGAGUCCUUCAGGAAUUGGCCAUGCGCAACCUUCGUGAUGCCAACACCGUGUUCAAGACCUUUGUGGAGCGUUUGCCUGCUGCCUACCUGGCUGCUGACCAAACGUCCCCCAAUGGCAAGACUAUUCAGACCUUCAAGUCGUCGCUCUUGAACUUGACGCAGAUGCUGCUGUUGGCAUGUGAGACUGGAAAUGCCUCCAUCUUCAAGCAGAUCGCUGCCAAGUACAAGCCCGUGCUGGCCAUUGACGAGAACUUUGGAGAUUUGAUGACAACAAUUGGAGAGCUUUUCUUCAACAUCAGGGCACCCAAGCAGGCAAACAUGUUGGCAGAUCUCAUGAGCAGUCUCUUUUCGGGACCUCCUCCUGCAGCAUCGGCAUCAUCAAGGCCAGCUCUUGGACAGGGAGCGCCACAGCCUGCCAUUGAGGAGAUGGACUAG